UCGGGUGUGUCGGAGAUCGGAGUUUAUCUUGGUAGAGCCUUUGGGGUCGGGUCGGGGUUUUUGCCAAAAAAAAAUAUUCAAGUUAGGGAUUAGAGGUUCGGGGGUCGGGUAAAAAUUUUCUAGAAAAAGUGGGAAGAAAGUCGUUUGCGGACAUGUUGAGGACGAGUUGGACAUUUACCCGAAUUGUAGUAAACCCAAAGACUAGUUGCCGAAGUAGAGUCGCAUUUCAAUUAUUUUGGUAGAUCAAAUAGGGGGAGCAGCCCAAAUCAAAUUCAAGUUGUAGCCAACAGUCAAUAAACGUUUUUGGUGAGAAAGAGCAAAUUUGGAGGAGAACCAUCGCAAGGAAAAAAUGAGCCAAAAUGCCGAGGACUUUGAGAUCCCAUUUUUGUUGCUCGUAAAGUAUCUUGGCUCAGAAUUAGCUCUCACGAAAUUAAUUAAAAUAAAAAAAUUUUCUCAAAAAUGUUUUCUUUGUAUUUUUAAAAAGUUUUUUUCGUAACAAUAAUUUAUUUUAUUUUACUAGAAAAAUUUAAACAUUGAAUAAAAUAAAAAUGCCCACUUUAAUUGAUAUUUUCCUUGGAUGGGAUUUUUGGGGUUGUUUAUUACUUGGUUAUCCUCUAAACAUUAUUCUGAUUAUUUUAAUUAUUUUUAAAACACCAAAAGAAAUGGAAACACACAGCAGAAUUCUGAUACAAAAUUGUGUUUUGGAUAUUUUAAUGUUGACUCUUCAAAUGCUUAUACAAGGGGUAAAAACUCUGAAAGGGCCAGAAUUAAAUUUGAACAAAAUUAUAUUUUUUCUGAAGAAAACACUAAUAAAUAAGAGUUAUUAUAGUAAAGCAGCUGGGCUAUAG